AUGAGGGUCUUCGUUGCCUUUGAAGGCUCCUGUGAGCCCUUCAAUGUCCUUCCAGACCAGACCGUAGGAACCAUGAAGCAGAUGGUCAAGGAUUACUUCCACGUGCAACUGUCAGAUGACAAGCAGGUACGGCACUUUCUGGUGCUGAGCUAUGCUGGGGCUACGCUGCAGGACACCUGGACCCUAAUCGACGUGGGUGUCAUGCCUGGCAGUGCCAUCCGAUGCCUGAUAAAGAAAGAAGACAAGCCUGUGGUGCGAGUGUUGCAUGGGGUGACAGGGGAGACCAUGUCCAUAAUGAGCACAGUAUUUCUCUUGAGUUCAUCUGUGGCCAAGAUCAAGUCUCUGGUCUCCCUCAAAUGUGACCUCCCUGUGGGUGCUUUUAGACUGAGCACGCCCAGUGGUGUUCAACUCUACGACUGCAACCGACUUCACGACUAUGCCAUCGAAGUGGGAGCCACGCUUCGAUUGGAUACCUGGGAUGGGUGGGCGGAGCUCCUGCGAGGCUGCCUCACAGGUCACAAAACGACAGUCCAGCGCCAUCUUUCAAAAGAGAGACCAGUGAUGAGGUUUCAACUGCGGGUGGCGCUCUAUGUGGCUGCCUCUCUGGGCCACUUAGACCUAGCUGACUGGGUGCUGGAGAGAGGAGUGCGUGCUGAGGAGCCAGUGGGGGUCCACCCUUACCGCCAAUGGUGCCACCAAACCGCCCAUCCUGACGCCACCAAAUGCCCCGUGCACGUCGCGAGCGAGCGGGGCCAGCUCCUCAUCCUCAAGCUCUUCAUCAGCAGCAGCGUUCUGACCCUGUCUUGCCGGAAUUCUCAAGGUCAAGACCCCAUGCAGAUCGCCAUUUGCCACGGACACAAAGACUGUGUACUCCACCUGGUCACCAAGUUAUGCUCGGUGAUGUCGUUGCCUGGUUUGUCCCUUCCCAUGCGAAUGUACCUCCAGAUUAAGCGCUGGGUGGGGCUGGGGCACAGAAGGGUAACCACCAGACGAGGCAGGGGUCAAUGGGGACCGUUAAGAGCCAGGGUGGGGGACACGGUGCUUGUGGAUGGCUAUACCCACCCCAAGAUGUCUUCCAAGCCUAAGAGAAGGGUGGUCAGGGGCAGAAAGGAAGUCAGACCGAAAGCCUCGCAAUAUCUGACCCCCAACAGCUGUCUCACACCUGUAUCCCACCUUCAUCCUAUGCCAACCUUUAAAGGUUCACAACUCCAACUACCAAAGAUGAUGAGUGCUGGUCAAACAAAUGUGAAGAGAAUGGGGGUGAAGAGGAUGCAUGGAGAAAAGGUAUUGGAGGUAGCAGAAGAUAAAGCAUUGGAAGAGGUUCUGGAUGGGAGCAGUAGCCAAUGGAAGAGCCGAGUCCCACUCCCGCCCAUCUCCCGAGAUACCAAUCCCAGGCCUCUGUUCAUCUCUGCCUCUCCAAACUCCUCCCAAAUCCUCACUAACUCACUGGAGUCUUUCUCUCGCCAUUGUGGCCGAACUCCCAGAGAAAAUGCCAUAUACUGCUUGGCGAUGGCCAGUGCCUUUACGGAAAGACCAUGGCUACAGCAGCUUGAUGUAGCUCGGACUCUGGCGAGGAGGAGUGUCCAGAAUAUGAGCUAUAAAGCAGACCCUCUAUCGUAAACUCUUUAGAAUAACCACAAAGACAAUGUCUUUGGAGAAAGUAUAAUAUUAAUAGCCAUACUUUAGUUAUAAUUGUACUUUUUUUCUGUAAAGCUAGAUAGACAACUGUAUUUUUAGGUCAUUAUUUUUCAUAAUGAUCAUUGCAUGUGAUGUAUUGACAAUGGUCUAUGACCUGUUUUCUAAGUGCUGACGCAUGAUGCUUUAAAUUAAUGUUCAUGCUGAGUAGUAUUCAAAUGUUCGGGUCUGAAAAAGACCUAUAUGUCAAGUUGUAAUCAAUAGUUUUGAAUCCUUUCUGUGUAGCAGCUGAAGAUUUCACAGUGACGUGUGUAAAUAGAGGUAAUU